AUGCCUUUAAUUGAUUCGGAUUCAGAUUCAGAUGAAGGAAAAAUUAACAUCUCAGGAAGAAGAAAUAGAAGAGACCCAAAUUUCAAUGCCAACCCCACCAAAGUUAACUCGAACCCUUUGAAACGUGCGAGAAAUAAUUCAGAGAAUGAUGAUUCUAUUAAAUCUUCUUCUAAAUCAUCAGAUUCUAAUCAACAAAAUCAAAAAGAUAGAAAGGUUAGAUAUAUAGCUAAAAAGAAGACAUCAAAUAAUAAUAACAACAACAAUAGCAAUGAGGUAGAGGGAGGUGGUGGCGAUAAUGUUGAAAACAAUAAUCUACAAGGUGCCAAUGGUGGUUACGCCUGGGAAGAUGAAAUUAAAAGAAGUUGGGAUUUAGUUACUGUGGAUAAAGAAGGUGACAUGACUGCCCUAGUGGCGUCUAUAAUUGAAGCUAGAAAAAAACGUGCUGCAAAAAGAAAUAUCACUCCAUUUCAACGUGGUAUCAUUAGAACGUUAAUUUUAACUCUUGAUUGUAGUGAAAGUAUGAAUGAAAAGGAUUUGAGACCAAAUAGACAUGCCAUGAUGAUCCAGUAUGCAAUAGAUUUUAUUCAUGAAUUCUUUGACCAAAAUCCAAUAUCCCAGAUCGGUAUAGUCAUAAUGAAAAACGGACUAGCUCAUUUGGUUAGUCAAGUGAGUGGUAAUCCACAGGAUCAUAUCGACGUUUUAAAAUCACUAAGAAAGCAAGAACCAAAGGGUAAUCCCUCUUUACAGAAUGCUUUAGAAAUGGCAAGGGGUAUUUUGUCACCCGUUCCACCACAUUGCACAAGAGAAGUAUUAAUUAUAUUUGGUAGUCUGUCAAGUACUGAUCCUGGUGAUAUACACCAGACUAUUGCAUCAUUAGUACAUGAUAGAGUUAGAGCAAAAGUAAUUGGACUAUCAGCUCAAGUAGCCGUAUGCAAAGAACUUUGUUCAUUAACAAAUUUUGGUGAUAACUCGUUUUAUAAAAUUGUGCUAGAUGAAACCCAUUUUAAAGAAUUGUUUGAUGAAGCAGUUACCCCAUUACCCGUCAAUAAAGUAAAUAAAGGCUUUACUCUAGUUAAAAUGGGAUUUCCAACGAGAGUGUUUGAAAAUAUACCAACUUUCUGUUCCUGCCAUUCAAAAUUAGUCUACGGUGGUUAUUUUUGUCCAAAUUGUCAUAGUAAAGUUUGUUCUUUACCUACUGUCUGUCCUUGCUGCGAUUUAAUGCUAAUUUUGUCCACUCAUUUAGCUAGAUCAUAUCAUCAUCUAAUGCCAUUGAAAACUUUCGAAGAAGUAGAUUCCAAAGAAAAGUUUCCCACAGAAAAUUGUUUCUCUUGUCAAAAAAAGUUUCCGGUUCUAAUGGACCAUAAGACCAACGAAUUAUUAACUAGUUCAAGGUAUAGAUGCCCUGAUUGUAAGAUCGACUUUUGCAUAGAUUGUGAUGUGUUCAUACAUGAGAUACUUCACAACUGUCCUGGAUGUGAAUCAAAACCCACUAUCUAA